CCAAAGAAGAAGAAGUAGAAGAAGAUAUCGCGAGAGUUGCAGAGAUGCUAUAAUUCUAUGAGGAGUGCUGCACGCUGGACUGAGUGGCUCUCCACAGCUGUUUUGAAAAGCAUGCCCUGUGAAGCGAAGCCUCGGUUUUUGGUUCUCUACGGGUCUCAGAAGGGCCAAGCCGAGUCCCUAGCAGAAGGAAUAGCUGAGGUGGCAGAGGAGCACGGACUGGUUGCUGAGCUCAGUUGCUUGAGCCUCAAUGACAAGUACAAUUUGGAGAAGGAGAAUGCCCCAGUGGUCUUUAUUGUGUCUACUACUGGAGAUGGGGAACCGCCUGACAAUGCCCUCAAAUUUGUAAGAAGCAUCAAGACGAAGACCCUCCCCACUGACCACUAUAGACACCUUUGCUAUGCACUUUUAGCUUUAGGAGACACAAAUUAUGCAAAUUUCUGUAACUGUGGGAAGACAAUUGAACGUCGUCUACAGGAACUUGGAGCCAAACAAUUCUAUGCAACGGGAUAUGCAGAUGAUGGUGUAGGGCUGGAGGUGGUUGUGGAACCCUGGAUAGAAGGACUGUGGAAAGCAAUCAAAGGAGCCUUAUCGAAAAUGGCUUCUGAUAGAACUGGUUACUUGAAAGGAGAAGCAGAGGAUUCGCCAAAGGAAACUCCUGAUUCAUCCAUACCAGAUGCCCAGCUAAACCUACUGAGAAUAACUGACCAACAGAACUGCGAGUCGAUCAGAGCAUCUGUUGAAACACUGCCCAAAUUUGCAAAUGCUGCAUCAUCUUCAGCUUCUGCUUCACAGACUGCCGUUUCUGAUCUCAGGCCAGCUUUUCCUGCAGGGAGCCCUGGGUUGGCAUCCCAGCCUCGUGGUGCUGCCAGUGUCUCUACAGCAGCACCGGAGACACAGAUUGGGGAUGCUGGAGUUCCCCAUGUUGCAUUGACAGCCUCGCUGACACACUCCCUGCCACCGCUGUCCGAGUCCUCUCUCAAUGUUCCUGCUCUGCCUCCUACCUACCUCGAUGUCUCUCUUCAGGAGGUGGACAAUAUGGAACAGAUGGUUGGACCGUUAAACAAAGAAACCCUCCAUGAGGUUCCCAUAUCCAAAGCAGUUCAGCUGACCAAAGGAGAUUCAGUCAAGAUGGCCCUUCUCUUAGAGCUGGACAUCUCUGCUCACCCGACGCUGACCCAUCAGCCAGGGGAUUCUUUUGAUGUGUUCUGCCCAAACAGGGCCACUGAGGUGGAGGACGUGCUCCACAGAUUGGGCCUUCAUGACCAGAGGAACCACCGAGUACACAUUUCUCUACGUAAAGACACUAAGAAAAAAGGUGCCAAGGUGCCAUCCUACGUUUCCCAGAACAUUUCUCUGCUGUACCUGCUCACGUGGUGUCUAGAGAUCAGGAGUGUUCCUAAGAAGGCGUUUCUCCGAGCUCUGGUGGAGCAUACGGAGGACAGUGUGCAGAGGAGGAGACUGCAGGAGCUCUGCAGUAAACAAGGCGCCGCAGACUACAACCUGUAUGUGAGAGACCCGAGCCUCAACAUAUUGGAGCUUCUCACAGCCUUCCCGUCCUGCUCGCCUCCUCUCAGCCUCCUCAUAGAGCAUUUGCCGAAACUGCAGCCCAGGCCUUAUUCAGCAGCCAGCUCCCGUCUUAGGUACCCAGGAAAGCUGCAUUUUGUCUUCAACGUGGUAGAGUUCCCAGCAUGCUCUGGGCGGCCCGCGGGGAGGCGAGGCUUGUGUACCGGUUGGCUCUUUGACCUCAUCUCUCCUGUCCUGGUUUUCCCUGAGAAGGCUGAAUCCUCCGGCAGCCCACAGAUCCAUGUGAGUUUGAGACCCAACUGCUCCUUUCGGCCUCCCUCCGACCUGUCGGCGCCCUUCAUAAUGGUCGGACCGGGAACCGGAGUCGCCCCCUUCAUUGGCUUCCUCCAGCAAAGGGAGAAGGAGAGGAAGGAGAACCCUGAAGCCGGAUUUGGCGACACCUGGCUGUUCUUCGGUUGUCGCCACAGAGACAGAGACUACCUGUUCAGAGAGGAGCUGGAGGGCUUUGUGUCCAGCGGUACGCUGAGCCAACUCCAGGUGUGUUUCUCCAGAGAUGACCCGGAGGAGGAGGCCACCACCUCAGCAGCACGACCAAGAUACGUGCAGCACAACCUGCUACUUAACAGCCAACGCAUCACUGACAUCCUGCUCAAACAGAACGGUUACCUCUACGUCUGCGGAGAUGCUAAGAACAUGGCUAAAGACGUGAACGACACCCUGAUGGAGAUGAUCAGAGCGGAGCUUCAGGUGGACCAACUGGAAGCCAUGAAGACACUGGCAGGGCUGAGAGAGGAGAAACGCUACUUGCAGGACAUCUGGGGCUGACCGCGGAUGACCAGAUAAGGGCAUUUUGCAGCAUCCACUGGGCCUCUUUACACCUUAAAUAAUAAUUAAAAAAAAAUCAGCACGCUCCGCUGUAACCUCCAGAACCAUAAAAUCGUGGAUGCUGAAGCCCGGAGGUAGUUUACACCACCCAAAUGCUACCAAGAUGGAAUUUACCAUUCUGACCCGGGGAUAUCGGUUCACUACAUCAUCUUGGGCUUUGCUGUUUGAACAGAAAUUAUCUUGGUCAGGGCAAUAGUGCUGGAGAUUAGUCCUGCAGUGUGAAAAUGCUUUUAGUGUAGACAAGCCUUCCUCCGUUCGUCCUGUCUGGGGAAAAGGCAUUUACUUCCAUCGGCGGUGAUGGAGUGAUUUUGAUGAGACUGGGAGUGCUCCGACCUAGAUGGAAGCAACACAGCAAUCUGUAGUUCUUUAACAACACACACAUACAGGGAAUUGUUUAUCGUCAUUCGGGAGGAAAGAAGUCAUUUUUUCACAAGUUUUGUGAAUCACACUUUUGUAAAUGAAGUCCUUGGAGAUGAGGACGAUUAUCACAUUUAUCAUUAUACUGUGUUAGAUUUUAAGCACGGAGGGCGUGGAUCUCAAUGAUAAUGCGCAGCUCUGACCAGAGCAAUUUAUCUAACUGACUUUGUUUGUUCCUGUCUGCCCCCACAUACCCAGCAGACUGCCAGUGUGCAGACAGUGAACUUCCAGCUUUUUCUAAGUCCUGCAAACCCCGACUAAAAUCUCCCAAACGGUGGUUAAAACAAACACAACUGUGCCUUGUUGUAUCAGGAAUUAAAACACAUUUCAGCAUAAAGUA